CUUGCAGCUCACCAAUAACAAUAGUACCGGUAAGCAUGCAUCUGCUAAAAACUAUGAAUAGCCGAGACAUGUACAUGCUUUUCUUGCAGCUUUCCUCCUUUUCGUGCGUUCUCGGCCUUGUCGCGCUGCUCUAAAGAAGCUUUUUUUCAGUGACAGGAGGAUAAAAAGCUGCCGCAGCAUUGGUAGAGUCUGCAACCGUGUCGAGUGUCACAACAACAGACACAUCCUCAUCCAUUCCAAAGGGAGUGGCAGUGGGGCAGCAUAAUGGAUUUUCUCCUGGGUGCUGUUUCAAGAGUCGCCCACGCCCGCGAGGCGCGCGAGCAGGCACCGCCAGCCCAAAUCCGAGCUGUGGACGCACUAGCAUGCCAACUUAAGGAUAGUCGUUCACUAUCUCGCGUGGACCAUCUUGUUCGCUUCCACUGGAAUACCGUUGUUGAUUUGAAGGCGAAACCAAGGGAAAGACCUAAAGAAAUACUUAUCAGCCGCAGAUGAUAAUCUACUGGCUUUAAUCAACUGUGCGGUAUAUCUUACAAACCGAAGGGCGAGCGCGAGCCUUGGUUGGAAGGACUGGGCCUCACUCUGUGCGUCGAAAAGGUGGCUUGGUUUAUUGCAGUACGUGAUGGCGAAGGCUUCGUGGUUUUCCGAGGUACAGCGAGUGCACGAGACGUCUUUACGGAUCUCGCUGCGCAUCCGAGUGAAGCCAUUCCGACUUAUGCACACCACGACGGUAAGCAUAUUCAUCAAAUCUUUCGUACUAGCGCUGGGACCUCCUGAGUCUGAAAUUCAUCGAGAAGUUUGGCUGUGUCGUGAUUCCUCUUGCAAAGCAAAUCCCUACUUACAAAAGUAUAUAAUCAGUGGAUAUGCAACAUGCCGGGAGAGUCCAAAAAACAGUUGUCACACGGAAAACAUCAGGAGCAUUGUUGCCCCGCAGUGUUUUUACAAGGACUAGCUCCUUAAUCAGGUUUUUCGCGCCCGUACUUGCCAGCGACGCAGUUUCACAGUGGGAUGUACAAAAAUGUAAUCGAGAAUGUGAAGCUUCGUUCGGCGCUAGAGCAGGUCGGACUGAUUCAUCGGCGUGCACCAAUAUGUGAACGUGAGAUAGCGCAGUUCCCCUGGCCGGCGGCAUCCCAUGCUACGGGUACGGCGUGUUGAUAUUAAGUUGCUCGCUGUUGUAAGUACUAUUAUUUUAAUGGGUAUUUCUACUUGUAUCCGCAUGAUUAGACUUUUCGAGAUCGAGGACCUCGCUCUGGAUCUGGUACACGGAUAAGCCGCUAAAAUUAGUGUGAUUCGUUAUAAACAACAAGAAUAACUACUUACAUUGUUUUUUUCGAAGCUGCUCUAAGAAUUGUCAUGGUUCCACCAGGCCGAUGCCUGAGCCGACGCGUUGGUACUUUGUAGGACAUUCUCUAGGAGGUGGCAGCGCGCAGAUGUGCAUGACCCUGCUGCAGAAGGGCUAUUUUGAAUCAGAGCGCUUCAUUCCUACGAAACUCGUCAAUGUCCCAAAUGACUCGCCACGCACGAGGCCUGGUGAUGCAGCGGGUUCUGUUCAGACGCGUGGACAAUCGAAUCAUGAGAUGAAUGGAGCAUCUACAACUUCAUCUGAUAGAAAUGAUGCGUGCAGCAACAGCAAUGCGGACCCCAGCGCGUCCGACCGCGAUCAUCUCCUAAUUAGUGGUCGGCAAGAGAAAACUGGCACCGGAGUAGCGGCAAAGAUAACAGAGCAAAUCGGUGAAGCGUCGGAUGCCACCUAUCAGAAAGCAGUUGAGGAGGAGUUUCGGCCGAUGCAUCGGCUCACGCACGCGCGGGCACUCGAGGAUAUCGUAGUGGAAGCCAUAGUUUUUGCAUCGCCGCCAAUUUUCUUCGAUCCACAACAUGACUUCAAACAAGGCGAUUCCAAUAAAAGUGGCGAGGAACUUCAACAUGAGCAGGAGAAAAUGGUAGGGUCGUGGCCAUCAGGACAAGGUGGGAGCAAGAAAAGAUGGACAGCUCACUCAGGACACAAAAUUACGGCGUUUGUAUUCCACAAUGACCCGAUUCCGCGACUAGACCGACAGGAGGACAAUGUCCUCUUGCGCCUCCUGGAAAAGACGGGUCGGGUUAACACCGCGACGGCGCUAAAGAGCGUCAACCACUACAUUCAUCACAGUAAUCAGAAGACAAUUUGGAUGCUUCCCGAUGCCCUUCUGUCUCACUUAGAAACCGUGCAAGACGUCGGUGCUUUCGUUGCUGGUGCUGCGAAGAACAUCUACAAGAAAGUGAACAAGGCACUAGAAAAAGGGCCGUCUGAAAAAGGCAACACAAUUACAUCAAGUAAUAGUGCUGAGGAGAUCGACGUGCACGUGGGAGUUCAAGCAAGUGAAAAGUCGAAAGAACCACCUCCAUCUGGAGGAGGCGGAUUCGGCUUUAUGUCUUUUGUCGCUGCUGCAGCUAAAGAAUUAAGGCCGCUUACAGUAAUUCAUCUUAGGAGGCAUCUUUGACUCCUUUUCUAAGGGGAAGGCGCGCCAAAGAUGCCUUUCUUUCAACAUGAAUAAAUAUAAGCAAGGUCUAAAAGAAGUCGCGAACAAAUUAGAGGAAACAAAAAGCGACGCCGCGAAAACAAAGUCAGACAGCAAAGACGCAAGUACCAGAAGUUCCAUGAACUACUACAACAACAACUCGGAGCAAGCAGAAGACGAGAUCAAAAACGUUGAUCACCUAGAAAGAAUGUCAGCUUCAUCGUCAUCCUCCGAAUCCCUGGCAGUGACCGGGACGAAGAAGGAGAAGCGACCGCCGCUGCAAACGAAAGCGGUCCAGUUGUCUAGUGUACCAACUGAGGCCUUCUCACGGCAACGCAUGCUCCACGUGAACGAUUCGAACCCAGCGGAUCACUCACUCUAUCGAUACGAAUUCGGCAUCAAAGACUACUUCCAAUUGCGGGAAAUCAUGCACAACACCCCACUCUACGAAAGAAAACUUGACAACUGCGUUGACACCUAGCAGGAGGAGCGCGCUAGACUAGUGUACAAAAGAUUAAAAUGCUGAAUCUUAAUCUUCUACCUUUGUUAGUCUCUCAGGUCGGGAUCGGGAGCCUUUAUCUUGCCUCCUUUACCUUAUCUUGAACAUGAGAAUGAUGUUGAGGCAAUUCGAAGAAAUUGAAAUAUAAGCGUCAAAGAUAAAUGUGAAGUCCUCCAGCACUAUGCGACAGAGUACUCUCUACUAGA